AGAUGGGAGGUGGAAUAUCAUUGGUCACGAUCAGUCUGCCGUCGGAUCGCAACUCUGACAGUUUUACUGAAGUUGCGAAUGUGAUUGCUCCGCAAGCAUUUGCCAGCCAUAUUGUUUCGCACUUCCAGGGAUCGCAAGAAAUGGUGCAUGCGCGGGUUCACAACUUCCACCCUGCAGACUUGGUGCGUGCCAUCAUGCUCAGAGACUUGGAGAGAAUUCGAAGCUCGUUCCUCAAUGGUGGAGACUCCGAUACAGACAGUCCCAGUGUGUACGAACUACUUCCGAGGGUGCGGAGGAUGUCGGCCAUCUUGGAGGGGCUGCUUCCUGCCCUCAGCGCUUUUCGGAGUCACAUGUCUACGGAGGGGAAUCUGCAUAAGGUUCCCAAAGAGAUAGUGGACUCGUUCGAAACAAGGACAUGGAGACGGGAGCACAGUAGAGGGAAACUCGAAUGCUACAUUUGUCUGGAGGAAUACGUUGAAGAGGAGGUACUGAGGAAGCUGCCCUGCAACCAUGAGUUCCACUCCAAGUGCAUCGAUCGAUGGCUGCUGGAGGUUCACCGGACAUGCCCGUGCUGCCGA